AUGCCUAAAAAUAAAGAUAAUAACACUUCUUCUGAAAAAGAUCCAAAAUCCGAACCUGAAAAUCAAGAUGGCACAGAAGACGAAGAAGAAGAGACUACCCAUACUCUCACCAUCUUCUCUGAAAAUCUGGAACAGAAAGUUUGGGAUAUCGCGGGGAAAUUGUGGAAAAAAUCCAACAAAGUUCGUGAGAAACCACCUGUAGACUGGGUGCCUUACUUAGAGAAUGGAUUCAUAAGUCAAAAGGAGUUCUCUUUUAUCAAUGCCUUCCAAUAUACAAAAACAAAAGAAGAAAGGGAUAUGUUGAUUGAAUAUUACAAAGAUUUAUCUUUCAAAGCUAUCGUCAAAGUAACACAACGCAUUUCUGUCGUGGAAGAGAUAGAAAAAUUCCUCGUCCUCGUAAAUGAUCUGCUGGCAGAAGAUAUCUCUAUAACUGAAAAAUUCUAUAAAGCUAUAGACGAACCUUGGAUGUCAUUCACUCACCUGUUAAGUUGCAGUGAUGAUUUUAUGCAAAAUAUGGGAAGUCGAAUCAUAACGAAACUCAUGGUUGGACACAAGAAAAAGAGACCGCCUCCAGACAAGAUUGAGUUCUUUUUAGAAUGGUUGAGAGAAGAGCUAAGAGAAGAGAAUGAAUAUUUAUUAUCAGUAGCGAGAUGUUUGCAAAGAAUACUGCAAGUAGAUGAAUAUAGGCUUGCCUUUAUGAAUUUAAGUGGUGUCUAUCAGAUCCUUAAACUUUUGGCUAGAGGAAUAAAUCCACAAGCUCAGUAUCAGUUCUGCUUUUGCCUUUGGGUGACGACUUUUAAUUCUCAUCUAGCUGACAAAUUGAAUCAAUCUGCUCUGAUUCCAAUUUUAAUGGAUCUCUUGGAGCGAUGUCCCACUGAAAUUACGAAGUUACCAAGGGUGGUGAUAGCUACAUUCCGGAAUUUGCUAGAAAAACCGAAUGAUGUAAGGGUCCGACGCAGCAAUGCCCUCAUGAUGAUACAAUGUAAACUGCUCCAAAGCAUGGAUUUCUUCGAAACUAGGACAGAUCUCUCCAACGAUCCUGAAUAUCUAGAGGAUUUUCAACUCGUAAAGGAUAUACUGAAUGCAUGUGUGACAGAGCUUACCAGCUUCGACGAAUACAACUUGGAGCUCAAGUCCGCUAGACUCAAAUGGAGUGUUGUACAUACUUCAAAACGGUUCUGGGUGGAAAAUGCUGAACGCUUCAACGAUAAUAAAUAUGAACUGCUUAAGAUCCUAAUAAACAUUCUACAGAACUGCAAAGACACUACUGCCAUUUGCAUCGCAGCUCACGACAUUGGGGAAUAUGUGAAGCAUUAUCCUAGAGGGAAGAUAGUGAUAGAACAGUUGGGUGGAAAGGAUGCACUGGUGGAUCUCUUAUCACAUAAACAUCCUGCUGUCAAAUUCCACGCCCUCAAGAGUCUUCAAGUGGUAAUGCUGGAAAACCCCGAAGUAUAUGCCAGCUCUGAAGAUCCCAGUAAAAAGAUCAAAAAGAAAACAGAAAAAAUUGGCUUUGGAUUGUGA